UUUCCAUGAUGCUCCUUUCUCAUUCACACUCACACUCACUGCGUCUAGUUUCUUCUUUUUUCCUUUGCUGAUUCCUCUAUAAAAAACACACAUCCUUUUCUCUCCCUUUUCUUCAUUCAUUCAUUCACCGCGUGUGAUCCAUAACACCAUUCCCUGUGAUUAGGGUUUGAAAUGUGGAGGGAGAAUGGAACCUUCUGAGUCUGAUUCACCUGCUGCAGUUACCAAUGGCGACAACAACCCACAACAACAACAACAACUGGGUUCUGAACCUUCUUCUCCCGUUGCUCAUCCUCCACCGCCGUCAGAUCUCAAUCACGCCGCGGAGGAGGAUGAUGAUGACGCACUUGGUGGAGAGUUUCAGAACAAGCUGGAUUUGAAGGGUGAGGAUGAUGGGGGUGCUGAAACUGGUGAGAAAGCUUCCGAUGAUGGAGGGGUUUGUGAUGCGGAAUCUGUUAAGGGUGGUGAAGGGUUUGAUGGAGAUAGCAGGGGUUGGGAUAACAGUAGUUGGGGUGAGAAUGUGAUUGAAGAGGUGGGUAGAGAGGCUUAUGGGGGUGGAGAUUUUGAUGGUGAUGAUGGAUUGGAGCAAAAUGACGAGGUGGGUAUUGAGGCAUUUGGAGGGAGAGAUUUUGAUGUUGAUGUUGAUGUUGAUGGAGUGGAGCAAAAUGAAGAGAAAACCAGUGGUGGGAGUGGGACUUCUAACUACCCUUUGAGGCCUGAUGCUGAAGAUUGUUCAUUCUAUAUGAAAACUGGGAGUUGCAAGUUUGGAUUCCAUUGCAGGUUUAACCACCCCAUUAGGAGGAGAACCCAGGCUGUUAAGGAGAAGGCAGGAGAAAGAGAAGAACCAACAGAAAGAUCAAGCCUGACAGAGUGCAAGUAUUAUCUAAGGUCUGGGGGUUGUAAGUUUGGAAAAGCUUGCAAGUAUAACCACACAAGAGGAAGCAGUUCAACAGCACCAAAACUUAACUUUAUCGGCCUACCUAUUCGUCUGGGAGAGAGAGAGUGCCCCUUUUACAUGCGCACUGGCUCUUGUAAGUAUGGAGCAAACUGCAGGUUUAAUCAUCCUGAUCCUACAAGUGUUGGAGGAUCUGAUCCUCCCCCAGGGUAUGGUAAUGUGGGGUCAUUUAAAGGUGCAUCACCUUCUGUACCCUCGUGGUCUUCUUCAAAAACAUUAAAUGAGACUUCUUUUAUGCCGAUGAUCCUUAAGCCAAGUCAAGGAGUUUCUCCCCAAAAUUCUGACUGGAAUGGAUAUCAGGCACCUGUCUACCUAUCUGAGAGGAGUAUGCAUCCAACUUCUGCAUAUGUCAUGAACCCAGCAAUUGAAACAAACGCUUACAUGCACCGUCAAAGGCAGAUGCCAGUUGAAGAGUAUCCAGAAAGGCCUGGUGAACCUGAAUGCAGCUACUUCUUAAAAACUGGGGCUUGCAAAUUUAAAUCUAAUUGUAAAUUUCACCAUCCAAGGAAUCGAGUUGCAAGAUUACCUCCAUGCAUCCUCAGUGACAAGGGCCUGCCUCUGAGACCUGACCAGAAUGUCUGCUCGCAUUACAGUCGUUAUGGAAUUUGCAAAUUUGGACCAGCUUGUAGGUAUGACCACCCAAUAGACCCACUGCCCGUGAUGAUGCCUGGACUCGGCCUGCAAUCCUACCCAAACUCAGCUGAUGUUGAGAUGGCUGGGUUGGGUGGAAGUGCAGGUGCAAGUGAUGUGAGAAUUCAGCAAUCUGUGUAAACAUCUUUGUCAAGGAUCUUCUAGUCUUAAGGAUGCAUGUCACCCAUAUUUUGUAGACUUCUUCGUAAACAUGAUAGAUUUAUUAAACAUUUCAUGGCUCUGCCCAAGGCAACAGAAGCUUUGCUGAAAAUAGAUACAUAUAUAUAUGUCAAACAGAUGUUUUGAUGUAUCUAUAACAAGUAACAUCUGCAUCUGGAGAUUAUCUUUUGUUUCUGGAUUGUUUUCUCUAAAUUGGAUUUUAUAGAUAGACCGGCAUGAAUGGUGAAUGUUGGUUAUCUUGUUUUAUA